AUGGCAAACGACAGACAGCCGCCGAAAAUUCAGGUCGCGGGUCAGCACUCUCCACACAUCAUAUUCUCGAAAAAGAGGAAAAGCCUGCGCAGAGGCGCAGCGUGCUCGCGUCGCGAAGGUAUAUAUGAUCGGUCGCCCGAUUUUUAUGGUACCCUUCAUAAGAACAUGGCAUCAGAGAUGUUGAAGUCUGAAAACCCCAAAACAGAGCUCUGCUUUGGGCGAGCAACACAAACCCGGAACGGACAACGUCAGCCUCCUUGCGGUGGUUUUAGAUACCUUGAGAUGCGUGCACUUCCCUUGUCGUUGUGGCUUGAGGCCUUGCAAAUUACUGUUCUCGGCUACGGCGUGGUGCACACGCCGUUUAAUUCACCCAUUAGCAUUUUCAAGAAAGCUGUCGAUCAGGUUUUUAGAGCGAGCAAACUGCGAUGCCAGGAAGGCUUAACCCUCAUUGGGCGUGUCAAGCGAGCUGCUGUGAGAUUGGUUGCCGGCCUCAAAUCCGUGGACUAA